CUGGGCAGCGCCCGAGCGUCCGGACGUGGGGCGUUCUCCGGGCACACGGCAACCGCCCCACUCCGCCUCCCCGCUGCAAGGCGCUUCCUGCGCGCCGCCCCGCCCCGCUCCGGACGUGCGCGGCGCGGCCAUGGCGGCUGUGGACAUCCGAGAUAAUCUGUUGGGGAUUUCCUGGGUUGACAGCUCCUGGAUUCCAAUAUUAAACAAUGGGAGUGUGUUGGACUAUUUCUCAGAGCGAAGUAACCCUUUCUAUGACCGAACAUGUAACAAUGAAGUCGUCAAAAUGCAGCGGAUGACCCUGGACCAUUUGAACCAGAUGGUUGGAGUGGAGUACAUCCUUCUCCAUGCUCAAGAGCCCAUUCUCUUCAUUAUCCGAAAGCAGCAAAGGCAAUCUCCAACACAAGUUAUGCCAUUGGCUGACUACUACAUUAUUGCUGGAGUGAUUUAUCAAGCACCUGACUUAGGAUCUGUCAUUAACUCCAGAGUUCUCACUGCAGUGCAUGGAAUUCAGUCUGCUUUUGAAGAAGCUAUGUCCUACUGUCGCUAUCACCCAUCCAAAGGCUACUGGUGGCAUUUCAAAGAUGAGGAAGAACGAGAGAAAACUAAACCAAAAGCCAAGAAGAAAGAGGAACCAAGCUCUAUUUUUCAAAGACAACGAGUAGAUGCAUUGCUUUUAGACCUAAGGCAAAAGUUUCCACCCAGAUUUGUCCAGCAAAAGCCUGGAGAAAAGCCUGUCCCAGUGGAUCAAAUCAAGAAGGAACCAGAACCAGUCCCCGAAGCUGUCAAGACAGAGGAAAAAGAGACUGUAAAGAAUGCUCAGAGUGCUGGUGCUAAAGGACCACCUGAAAAACGAAUGAGACUCCAGUGAAGGGAGAAGCUGUUGCACAUCUGGAUUAGUCAGAACCUGGAAAACAGAAGAUUCUUGCUCCCUUUUCUUUAUAUUUAAGCUCUUCCACUGAGACUGAUAAUUCAGGGACUGAGAUCCCUGUAACAGCUUUUUCUGUAGAAACCUCUCAUGCAGAUGUUAAUGUCAGGAUGUGAGCUGCCUCAAAGGAGCUGUUUUCAGUCUUCAUAUUAUUUUGAAUGCUGACUUCUGAGAAUGGUUUUUACAUGGACAUGUUCAGCAGCCUCCUGAAAUCUUUACAAACUCCUGCAUAUUUUGUGUCUAGGUUUCCUAUGUAAAAAGAAAAAAAACCCUUUUAUAUAUAAAAAGGAAUUGGAAUUCUUGGCAAAUAAAACUCCUGGCUGCUGGAA